AUGGGACCUUUAAGCGUAUCAGACGCAAUCUUGUGUCGUGUGUUCCCAACCACCCUCACAAGAACAGCUUAUAGAUGGUAUAACAAACUCAAGCCAGGGUCCAUCGAGAGCUUCGCCUCACUAUUGGCAGAAUUCCUCAACAAGUACUGCACUAAUAUACCAGCUAAAACGACCACCAGCGUCCUAAGGCCGUGCAUUCAGGAAGAAGGAGAAACGCUAAGAAGCUACAUUGAACGGUUCAACAAACAAACUAUGAAGAUAGACAACUUGAAUGUUGAUAUGGCAACAGAAGCACUGCGAGAAGGAACGCGAUUCGGAAAGUUGGUGGAUAAACUGCUGGUCAACAAACCCACCACUUUCUCAAACUCGAUGGGCAUAGCCCAAAAAUAUUUCGAGCUUGAUGAAGGCCGCAGGGCUAUUCGCGGAAAAGAGGAGAAAGGGAAAGAAUCAAAGAAAAAACCCAAAGAGAAGUCAAAAUCAAGAUCGGAAGAUAGACGGGGAAGGCCUGAAGAGACCAGGCGCUUCGCCCCCAAGGGGAGAUACGAGCCAAGGUAUGACCCCCGACACGCUGAAUGUAAUUACAUGCCGCUGAAUACCAGCCGAAUUAACGUCCUCAUGUGGAUCAAGGAGAAUGUAAAAAAUAUGGUAUGGCCACCCAAGAUGAAGGAUGAGAUUAGAGACUCCAGGAAAUUCUAUAAAUUUCAUGAAGAACACGGGCACGAAACGGACGAGCGCCGAGAUUUAGAAGUAGAAAUAGAAAGAAUGAUAGAUACAUGCGAGUUAAGGAAGCUCAUAGCUCACAAAACAAAAGGCAGUGAUAAGGGAGAAAAGAGAAGUAGGGACGACAAAGGAAAAGAAAAGGAAGAAGAAAGGCCAUCCAAGAUUCUGGGAACUAUACACAUGAUCAAUGGAGGAGGACAUAGCAGUUCGACCAUUAGGAGAAAACAUAGGAGAGAAGUGAUGAAUAUUAAGGAGACACACAUGCCACCGGUGAUCUUUGACGUCGAGGAUUAUGAGCAGGUGAAAGCACCCCAUAAUGACGCUCUGGUGGUAACAACCAUCAUUGAAAAUUAG